UGCAAUUGGCGUUGGUUUCGCCCCGCAUUUUUGCUGGAAAUGACGAUCAAGGGCAAGGGCAAAGGCAAGGAGGUUGCCGGAAAAUCUUCCGCCGGCAAGCGUAAGAACGACUAUGACGAUGACAAGACCGGCGGCCGCAAAGGGAAGAACCGAGGGGUCCUUCAGUUCUUCGAAGACGCCGCUUACGUUGAGGACGACGACGAAGACAGCGACGAUAGCGAUUUCAGCGAUGGAUUUUUUGAUGAGGACUUUGAUACGUUGCCGAUGGGCGAACCAGCUAAGGGGCAUGGUAGCCUCCCAUUUAUCCCCAAAGAGGAAGUGAUGGAUGAAGAAGAAUUUGAUAGAAUGAUGGAGGAACGCUAUGGAGAAUGUUCUAGAUUUGUCACAUUUGCCGGAGAUGAAUUUGAUGACAAAGCAAUGGAGCCAAAUUCCUUACAUACCGGUGUUAAGGAAUUAACUCCAACCAUCUGGAAAGUCAAAUGCACUGUUGGGCGCGAGAGGCUUUCGGCAUUCUGUCUGAUGCAGAAGUUUGCUGACUUGAAAUCACUGGGUACUAAAUUGCAGAUAAUAUCUGCCUUUGCUGUAGAUCACAUCAAAGGAUUUGUGUACAUUGAAGCUGAGAAGCAGUUUGAUAUAAAUGAGGCAUGUAACGGGAUUUCUGGUAUCUAUGUUACUCGAGCGCAACCUGUUCCAAAAAAUGAAGUUUUUCAUCUGUUCUCUGUUCGAAGCAAAAGCCGUGAAAUUUCUGAGGGCUCCUGGGCUCGCAUAAAAAGUGGUCAUUACAAGGGGGACUUAGCACAGGUUGUGGCUGUGAAUAAUACGCGCAAAAAAGUUACAGUGAAGCUUAUUCCAAGAAUUGAUUUUCAAGCACUGGCUGCCAAAUUUGGUGGAGGAUAUAGUCGCCAAAAAGCUGCUGUGCCAGCACCAAGAUUAAUCACCUCAAGUGAACUUGAGGAAUUCCGACCUCUCAUACAACUCAGACGUGACCGUGAUACUGGCAAGGUUUUUGAGGUUCUUGAUGGCAUGCUGCUCAAGGAUGGAUACGUAUUCAAGAAAGUAUCUCCAGAUUCAUUAACUUUAUGGGGUGUUGUGCCAACAGAAGAGGAGCUGUUGAAGUUUGGGCCUUCUGAAAACAAUGAAUCAAAUGAUUUGGAGUGGCUCUCUCAGCUUUAUGGUGACUCGAAGAAAAAGCGGGUUACAAGAGCUGAUAAGGGAGUUGGGAAAGGAGAGAAAGGAGAGAGCUCAUCCGGUUCUGGUGUGGUAAAUGGUUUUGAACUGUAUGAUCUGGUGUGUUUUGGCAAGAAGGACUUUGGUGUAAUAGUAGGCAUGGAUAAAGAUGAUAGCUACAAGAUUCUUAAAGAGAGUUCAGAUGGACCUGUUGCUGUGACUAUUGAUCGGCAUGAGAUAAAGAGUGGACUAUUUGAUUUGAAACUUAGUGCUCAAGAUCAGCACGCUAAGACUAUAUUGGUUAAUGAUAGCGUCAGGGUUCUGGAAGGUCCAUCUAAGGGUAGACAAGGCAUUGUUAAGCAUAUCUAUAGAGGGAUUGUCUUUUUAUAUGAUGAAAAUGUGGAAGAAAAUGGUGGUUAUUUCACCUCUAAAUCUAAUAUGUGUGAGAAAGUCAAGCUUACUGUUGAUGAUUGCAGUGGGAAGGAUAGCGAACCGGCCCCUUUUGUCUUUGAAGACCAACCAUCAUCACCAACAUCCCCACUUUCACCUAAACGACCAUGGCAAGAAAGAGAAAAAAAUCGUGAAUUUAGCCGUGGGGACAAAGAUAAUAUGUUUAGUAUUGGUCAGACCUUGAGAAUUAGGAUAGGUCCUUUGAAGGGAUACCUCUGCCGUGUCAUUGCUUUGCGUCGCUCUGAUGUUACUGUCAAACUAGAUUCUCGGCAAAAGGUUCUUACAGUUAAAUGUGAGCACCUUUCUGAGGUUCAAGGGAAGAAUACUGCCUCAUCGACAAGCGGUGACCCAGAUUCAAGUUCAUUCAAGCCAUUUGAUCUGCUGGGUACUGAAGGCAGCUCUGGAGGUUGGAUGGAUGGAGCGGGAACAUCCACUGGUGGUGGUGGUGGGUGGAAUGCGGGAGGGACUGGUGGUGGGUGGAAUGCAGGAGGGACGUCAGCUGAAAGGAGUGAAUGGUCUAACCAGUCUGCUCCAAGCUUGUUGAAGCCAGAGUCUACCUCAAAUCCCUUCAGUUCUGAUGGUGCAGAUGAUCCUGCUUGGGAAACUAAAAAUACUUCAAAUCAGAACUCCUCAUGGGGUGCUGCAGUGGAGAACAAAAUAAUCGCAUCUGAUACAGAUCAGUCUGGUGGCUGGGGAAAUGGUGGAGGCAGCUGGGGUCAGGCUGAGCAUAAAAUUGGAAGUAUGGGUGAUGACAAUCAGAAUAGCAAAUGGAAAAGUAAAGCUAAUGAUUUGGAUGAAAAUCAACCCUCAGGAUGGGACAGUAAAAGCAAUCGGAAUACAACCAAAGCUUCUGAAGAAAAGUCCUCUGGUUGGAGCAGUCUGAAAAUGUCAAAUGAAUGUUCAGCAACUGGAUGGGGUCAAGGCAACGGUUUUAAAAGUGGAUCAGAUGAUGGAGGAAACUGGAAAUCUGGAACAAGUGGAGUCAAAGAAGUUGGAAACCCUGCUGGUGCUUCAAACAAUUGGAAUACUUCGAUAUCUUCUUCUCAAGUGAAAUCUGGAUGGAAUCAGAAAUCCACUGAAGAUGAUAAAGAGGAAAAAAGUAAAGAUCAAGGUGGUUGGAGUGCAGGAAAAGCUUCAGAUGGUUCAGCUGCAGGGUUGGGUCAAGCCUCUGGUUGGAAAGGGGGAUCAAGUGCUGGAGAGAACCUGGAUUCUGCCUGGGGAUCUAAGAAGUCUAGCUCAAGUAAUACUGGUUGGAAAAGUGGAUUGACUGAGGAAGCCCAAGGUGGUUGGAGUGCAGGAAAAGCUUCAGAUGGUUCAGCUGCAGGGUUGGGGCAAGCCUCUGGUUGGAAAGGGGGAUCAAGUGCUGGAGAGAACCCGGAUUCUGCCUGGGGAUCUAGGAAGUCUAGCUCAAGUAAUACAGGUUGGAAAAGUGGAUUGACUGAGGAAGCCCAAGAAGGUUCUAAUUGGGGCAAAAUGAAUAUUGAUUCGAGCGCUGUAGCUGAAAACCAGGAUUCGGAUUGCGGAAAAGCAAGUAAUUGGAACUCUGUAUCUGGUAAUGCUGGUGGUGGUGGUCAAGGUAAUGGUUGGGGUCAGAGAAGCAAUUGGAAGUCUGGAUCUACAAAUGACUCAAUUGAAAAAAAACCUGAUAGAGAUUCAUCAAUUAGGUGGGAUCAAGACAAUGGCAAGAGUGGUUCUGCUGAUGGACCAAGUACCCCUUCAAAUUGGGGUACCCGGAAAUCAGGAUCAAGCAGUGGGAAUGGGAACCAGAAUUCCAACUGGAGUUCUGGGUGUCCUGAUGCUGGAAGUCACGAUUCCGAUUUGGGCAAGAAAACCAAUUGGAACUCUGCACACUGUGGAAACCAGGCUUCUGAUCUUAACAAUAGCAAUUGGAAUUCUGGAUCUGGUAAUUCUAAUCAAACUUCAAACUGGGGAAAGAAUAGCAGUUGGAACGCAAACAAUUCUUCUGGGAAUGCUAGAAAUGAAAACAAGGAUUCCAACUGGAGUUCUGGGCAUACUGAUUCUGGAAAUCAAGAUUCCAAUUGGGGCAAGAAAAGCAAUUGGAACUCUGGAAACAAUGGAAACCAGACUUCUGAUCCGAACAAUAGCAAUUGGAAUUCUGGAUCUGGUGAUUCAAAUCAAAAUUCCAACUUGGGAAAGAACAGCAAUUGGAACUCUAACAAAUCCUCUUGGAGUGCUGGGAAUGAAAACAAGAACUCCAACUGGAGUUCUGGGCACACUGAUCCUGGAAAUCAAGAUUCCAAUUGGGGCAAGAAAAGCAAUUGGAAUUCGGGAUCUGGUGAUACAAGUCAAAACACCAACUGGAGAAGCAAUAGCAACUGGAACACAGGAAAUGCCUCUGGUGGUGUAAAUGAAGGUCUAAAUGAAAAUUCUGAUGAUGGAGCAGGUGGUGGGAACUGGAGAGGUGGUUACCGUGGUAGAAAUGGCUCAGACAGAGGUGGCUUUAGAGGUAGAGGCUUUAGGGGUAGAGGAGAGCGCGGGGGCUUUGGUGGCCGAGGAGAAGGUGGGGGCUUCGGUGGCCGAGGAGACCGCGGAGGUUUUGGUGGUAGAGGUAGGUCAGACAGAGGAGGUUUUGGUGGUAGAUGGGGAUCAGACAGAGGAGGAGGCCGAGGCCGUGGGAGGAGUGACCAGCCUGGAGGUUGGAACAACAGAAGGGAUUCUGGUGAGCAUGGGUCCUCUGACUGGAAGAAGGGGGGAGAUAAUGUUGAAGGAUGGAAAAAUAGUACUGGAUCUGGGGCUUGGAACCAGGAAAGUAGUGACAAAGAUGGGCAGAGCUGGAGCCAGGGAAAUGCAGAUAAGGAGCGUCCAAGCUGGAACCAAGGAGGUGGAACUAAUAAGCAAUGGCAGAGUGGGAGUUCAGCAAAUGGUGGAGCCACUGAUAAUUGGAACAGCAAUGGAUCAAAACAGACUGCAGAGGCUAAAACUGGUGACAUAGAUGGGCAGAGCUGGAGCCAGGGAAAUGCAAAUAAGGAACGUCCAAGCUGGAACCAAGGAGGUGGAACUAAUAAGCAAUGGCAGGGUGGGAGUUCAGCAAGUGGUGGAGCCACUGAUAAUUGGAACAGCAAUGGGUCAAAACAGACCGCAGAGGCUAAAGAUGGUGCUGGCUGGACUUCCCAUGGGGACCAGGGUUCUAGCUGGAAAAAAUCUGGUGCAAUUGAAGAGACCAAUAUUCAGGAGGGUGGAAGUGGUGGAACUGGAGACCGAGUUCCGAAUUGGGGUCAAUCAAGUGCUGCAGAUAAGGGUCAAUCAUCUAUUUCGAGUGAAUCAGCAGAUGGUGCAGCAGGUUCGUGGAGCAAGAGUACUGACGGGGGUAACAAAGGUGGAUGGUAAUUUCUAGAACGUGCUAGAUGGACAAAAGAAGGAAAUCAGGCGUUUGUAAAUUACUAAUGGCAAACUUUUUUUUUUUUUUUUUGCAAAUCGGCACAAAUCUGUCUGCUGGAAUUUUAUGUUUUAUUAUUUUUAACUAUUAAAUUACUGUAAACAGAUCUUUUGAAUGACAAAUCCUUUC